GCAAUUUAAACAGGGGUGUGUAGACUUUUUAUAUCCACUGUAUAUCACUGACAUCAGUGGCCUGGCAAGGAUAUUGUCAUUUAAAAAGUGGAGUUGCAGUCCUCAACUGAUGUUUAUGUUGUCAUUUUGUGUAUUGGCCACUAGUUGUGUGAUUGCAGUACCAGUUUUGGCCACAAUCCUACAUACUGUUCUUUUAACACUGUAAUGUUUGUGGGAAGAUUUUUAGCCAACAGUGAAACUAACAUAAAGGUCACGUUUUCCUAAUCCUAUUUUUUAAACCCUAGUUAGUUUGUAAUGUUGCUAUAAUAGCAUAAAUAAUACUUGUAAAAUGAUAAAGCUCACUGCCAGGCGAUAUAUUUUCUUUAACAUAAUUCGCCUUUCAAAGCUUACAGCGAACGGCCGGUUUGGACUACAGACCUCUACUUCCUGUUUUAAUGACUACAAUAGAACAGUUUUUGACUAAACCUGCCCACAGGAAUAUGUCAGUCACCAGCUAAGCUAACGGCAAGCUAAUCAGCCUGUUUUGAGGACAGUGAAAACAGGGGCCUGUUCUUUGUACGUUGCUUAUUACAUCCGAGAUCAAAUGACACAUCCGAGAUGUUAUGAUCUCGCUUAUUUGGUUCUUUGAGCACCACUGCUGUUGAUGAUUAGUAUGGCAGGAUUGAAUUAUCUGCGAUCACUGCGCGUUCGUGCACUGCAAGAAAAGUCAAUACAUAUCGAUAGUAGAAACACUGAUCAGCAACGCUGUGAUUGGCCAGUUGUUACAAUGGCCAAGAAAACACCCAUUUUUUAACCCCUGCAGUCUGAGAGCUAUUGAUGGAAGGUUGUGAAUUUUUAUGUGACUGAAUUUAAAACCACAGUUAAAGCUACUUUAGUACAUAAAUCACCAUAAAUAAUGUAACAUUUUCUGUAAAAAUAUAAUCUUGAUAUCUUUACUAUGCUUGUCAAAUAUUGAAAUUAAUGGUUGUAAUUAAAAUUUGAUGCUCCUAAAGUACUUUAAGUCUCUUUUAAAAACAGUUAAAUGCUAUUUUGUAUGUUUGUAACAGCAACUUAAAAAGCAGAAUAAAAAAACACAGGUGGUGGUCCUGCAUCCUCAUGUGAUGUGCUGGCAGGAGUGAUGUCUUUAAACUGAUUGAUUGUGCAGAUCAUCUCUGGAGGCAGCUGCUCUCGUAAACCCACAGCCAACGCAACAAUUUCAUUUCUGAUAAAUAAAAUUCGAAUUGUAGUGUACUAUUGUGUUUUUCUCUGUUUUGUGCAGUUGUAGAUAAUACACCAACACGUUCAGCAGUUCUCAAGAAUGUGUUAAAUGAAGUAUGAUGUGCCGUAAGGGAAUGUAAGUGUUAUUCUACAUCAAAGAUUAUAAAGUGCAACUGUUUCUGAGCAAUGCACAGGACAGUAGAGAAAUCCUCUCAGAUGACAGUCCUUUAGAGAAACUAUAUGCAAGUGGUUAAAUAAGUUUACUUCAGUUGCAUUAUUCUUAACUGAUUUCUGACUAUAUUAGCAAUAUUAGCAGUAUUCCACCUUAAAGGAAUAGUCUAGUCAUUUUCAAUAUUAAACCAUGUUAUUACCUUAACUAAGAAGAGUUGAUGCAGAGGGAGAAGGGGAGCGGACUUUUCAGGCGAGAUCUCCAUCUGUUUUUUCAGUGUAAUUUAGUCUUUGUAUGUAAAUCUCAGUCUUGUUUUGUAAUUCUCAUAGUUAUAAAUGCCUUUUUGUAUCUUCUUUUAACGUUUUGAAUAAAAAAAAACUUGUAUAGCAGUGAGCGUCUUCUGUCUCCAGUACAGCAGGCGGCGCUGCAGCUCUUUAGUCAGCAAAUAAACUCACUAAAGAAAGAAAGAAAGAGCGCGCGGAUAGGUGGCGGUAUUGCACCUUAACGUUGGAUGCCACCCGCCAUAAAACAUAAGAAGAAGAAGAAAGAGCGCGCGUGUGAUGUGUUUGUGUAUCCUUCGUGUUUUUCUCUCUUGUGUGUUUCAUUGAGUGUAAAAAGUGUUGAGACGACGUUGAUGUUGAGAUGCGGUGUGCUGUAAAUCAGUAGGAACUGAUCUGUUCAUGCUGGAUAUAUUGAUGAUUUCAUUACAGAAAUCUCUCAGCUGAAGAAAGAGGAGAUUUACCAAUGGAUCGAGAGGAUGUGGAUUGUUGUGAAUCUUCAGUGUAUGUGACUGAUGAUGGGAGUCUGGAUUCAGUGUGGAUGAGCAGAGAUCAGAGCCGCACACCACAGACACUGCUGGACUCUAAACUCUCUGAAGAGAAAUCCAGACACACACAGAACUCCGAUCUCAGUCUGACUUUACUCUGUUAUACUGAGUCAAAGCUCACAGACACUCAGGACACUACAGUGUGUGACAGUAAACAGAGCUUACAGGAGGAUCAAACCUCCACAGAGUCUCUGGAUUCUGUCUGUAACGCUGGAGAACAGCAGCAGAUCCUGAAGAUGUGUUCAGUCAAACUGAUCGACUUCAGGAACCUGAUGAUGAAGAUUAAAACUGAACCCACAGAAAUCAAAACUGAACCUACAGAAAUAAAAACUGAACCCACAGAAAUCAAAACUGAACCUACAGAAAUCAAAACUGAACCCACAGAAAUCAAAACUGAACCCACAGAAAUCAAAACUGAACCCACAGAAAUCAAAACUGAACUCACAGAAAUCAAAACUGAACUCACAGAAAUCAAAACUGAACUCACAGAAAUCAAAACUGAACCUAAAGAAAUCAAAACUGAACCCACAGAAGAGGAAGAUCGCACUGAUUAUGAAGAUGAUGACUUUAUUUCAUCAGGUGUGAAGAGUGAUUCAUGUUUGGAUAUAGAAAUAACGUCCUCAACAUCAAAAGAGCGACUGACAGCACAAACUCUUUCCUGCAUCACCUGUGAAAAGACAUUCAGCUCACAGAGACAUUUAGAGAGACAUGAGAGAAAACACACAGAACAGAAACUCUUCACCAGAUCUGAGAUCAGCUUUACUACCUUACAAGAGAAGAAACUUCAUUCAGAAGACCACAGAGAGAAGAAGAAGAAGAAGCAGUUUCACUGUGAGCAGUGUGGGAGGAUUUUUGUCUGUUCCUCUAAUCUAAAUGUUCACAUGAGGAUACACAGUGAUGAAAAGCCUUUCAACUGCACUGAAUGUGGAAAAUACUUCAGAACCAAACAACAUCUUGAUAUUCAUCAGAGAGUUCAUACUGGAGAAAAACCUUACGAGUGUCCUCACUGUGGGAAGAGUUUUAAUGUAAAUGCUGCCUUACUAAGGCACCAGAGACUUCAUACAGGUGAAAAACCUUUCAAAUGCUCUCAGUGUGACAAGACGUUUACUUGUUUAAGUUACUUAAAAAACCACGAAAGAGUUCAUACUGGGGAGAAACCUUAUCAUUGUAAUGUCUGUGGGAAGAGUUUUAGUGUAAAGCAUACAUUACUAAAGCACAAGAUAAUUCAUACAGGUGAAAAACCUUUUAAAUGCUCUCAGUGUGACAAGACGUUUACUUGUUCAAGUAACUUAAAAAAACAUGAAAGAGUUCAUUCUGGAGAGAAACCUUAUAACUGUAGUGUCUGUGGGAAGAGUUUUAGUCAAGGGUCUUCAUUACUAAAUCACAAGAGACUUCAUACAGGUGAAAAACCUUUCAAAUGCUCUCAGUGUGACAAGACGUUUGCUUGUUCAAGUAGCUUAAAAAAACACGAAAGAGUUCAUACUGGAGAGAAACCUUAUUACUGUAGUCUCUGUGGAAAGAGUUUUAGUCAACAGUCACCCUUAAUAAGGCACCAGAGACUUCAUACAGGUGAAAAACCUUACAAAUGCUCUCAGUGUGAAAAGACUUUUUCUAAGUCAGACAAUCUUAAAGUUCAUCAGAGAGUUCAUACUGGAGAAAAACCUUACAAGUGUCCUCACUGUGAGAAGAGAUUUAGCUAUAAAAAUAAUCUGAAGAGACAUGUGCUUUUACACACCAAUGAGAGACUGUAUCAGUGCAGUGAAUGUGACAAAACCUUUAGGGAUUUACGUUCAUUAAAAUCACACCAGAAUACUCACAUUAAAGAGAAAUUCUAUCAGUGUUCACACUGUGAUAAACGUUUCUGUAAUAAAUAUCAGCUGAUAAUCCAUCAGAGAGUUCACACUGGAGAGAAACCUUACGUCUGCACUCAUUGUGGAAAGAGAUUCACUAAUUCAUCUAAUGUAAGAGCUCAUGAGAGAGUUCAUACUGGAGAGAAACCUUAUCACUGUAGUGUCUGUGGGAAGAGUUUUAGUGUAAAGCAUACAUUACUAAAUCACAAGAGAGGUCAUACAGGUGAAAAACCUUUCAAAUGCUCUCAGUGUGACAAGAAGUUUGCUCAUUCAAGUAGCUUAAAAAACCACGAAAGAGUUCACACUGGAGAGAAACCUCAUUACUGUAGUCUCUGUGGGAAGAGUUUUAGUCAACAGUCACACUUAAUAAGGCACCAGAGAAUUCAUACAGGUGAAAAACCUUACAAAUGCUCUCAGUGUGACAAGACGUUUGCUCAGUCAGAUCACUUAAAAUCUCAUCAGAGACUUCAUACUGGAGAGAAACCUUAAAGGAACAGUAUGUAAGAAAUUUAUAUCAAUUAAUCAUAAAAUGGCCCUGAUAUAUCACUAGACAUUAAGAAUUAAUUUUCAUUUCAAAUAUUUAUAUCACUGACAUCAGUGGCCUGGCAAGGAUAUUGUCAUUUAAAAAGUGGAGUUGCAGUCCUCAACUGAUGUUUAUGUUGUCAUUUUGUGUAUUGGCUACUAGUUGUGUGAUUGCAGUACCAGUUUUAGCCACAAGGUUUGUGAUUGCAAUACCAGUUUUGGCCACAAUCCUACAUACUGUUCCUUUAACACUGUAAUGUUUGUGGGAAAAUUUUUAGUCAACAGCAGAGGCGUUAGCCCAUUCAAACUGAGGGGGCAUGUGCCCCCUUGGUUUUUUUGAGCCAAUGGAUUUUCCAUCCAAGCUCAAAAUCAAAUAAGUGUCCAUUAAUCUGUUAUUUGACUUUUAAUCUGUUUAAUAUGCACAAUAUUAUACAUUCUGUGCUGCA